AUGAAAGCUUAAUCUGUCCUCCUAGCUCCUUAAUUACCCCCAUUAUAAUUCUUAGAUCAUCAAACAAAUUAAAGUAAAGUAGAUUAAUUAGUAUCGCGAUUAGAGUAAGUCCGAGCUAGGAAUAGUGGAGUAGAGAUUUGAUGCUAAUGAAUUUGUUCAUCUUAAUUAUAUUAAGUCAUUGUCAUUGAGUUCAAUCUCUUGAAUGUUUACUCUUUGAUUUGUUUGUGUUUAUAUUUUAACAGGAACUGGCAAUAAUGGGAAGGGGGAAGAUCGUGAUUGAAAGGAUCGAUAACUCGACGAGUAGGCAGGUGACUUUCUCAAAGAGGAGAAAAGGGUUGUUGAAGAAAUCUAAAGAGCUUGCUAUUCUUUGUGAUGCUGAAGUUGGAGUUAUCAUAUUUUCCAGCACAUCCAAGCUUUAUGAGUAUUCUAACUCAAGCAUGAAAUCGGUUAUUGAGAGAUAUAACAAAGCAAAGCAAGAGCAACAUCACCUCAACUCAGAAUCUGAAUUAAAGUUUUGGCGACAGGAGGCAGAAAUCACAAGGCAGCAGUUGCAGGAUCUGCAUGAAAGCUACCGGCAACUUAUGGGACAAAAGCUCUCUGGUUUAAACAUUGAAGAACUACAAACCCUAGAGGAGCAACUAGAAAUGAGCCUGCAAGGAGUUCGCAUGAACAAGGAACAGAUCCUUACAAAUGAGAUACAAGAGCUUAAUCACAAGGGGAAUAUCAUUCAGCAGGAAAAUAUGGAACUAUGCGAGAAAGUGAACCUAAUUCGCCAAGAAAACACCGACUUGUAUAAGAAGCUUUAUAGUAUCGGAAGCGUGAAUGGGAUUAGUGGAAAUUCCUUGAUUCAAAAUGGAUUUAGCAGCAGAGAGGAUGCGCAGGAGCUCAUUCAUCUUCGAUUAAGCCAUCCUGAAAAACACAGAAAUCAGGCAAUAGGAGCAACAACAGCAUUGGGCAGACUAUGAUGGUAUUAAGAAGCUAAGCAUGUAUGAAUCAACAAGUUACAAAUAUUCUGUACAAGAGAAGAGACAAGAGUAAUGCAUGGAGGUAGAGACUAGAGAGAUUAUUGAACAUAAUUAAGAAUGGUUUCAGAAUUCAGAAUUCAGAAUUCAGAAUUCAGAAUUCAGAAUGUUGCUGCAUCAACGAUUCAACGUACAAGUAGAUGGAAGCCAACAACUAUUGUAAAAACUUGAUAGUAAUGAACAUAAAUGGGGCAUAUUAUGGAGAGACUUUAUCGAAAAUUUAAUUUGGUUUUGGUUCUUAUUUCUCAACGGAACAUACAAUUUUUGAGAUUGUGCUUUAUGUAGCAAUAAUAAGACAUGCACAUGCUCAAGUAGUAGCACCCCUUACUUGUUUGAAAAGUUCAAACUAAAAUACUAAAGCUUAUUCUGCUGCAUGCCUCUCCAUCUUACAAACUGAUCUAUAGCAUAACUCUACUGAUGAAUUUAAUCUUCUUGUCUUCAUGUCUCUACUGAUCAUGCAUAGUCAUUAUCAUUACCCCAUUGCCUCAAAGAGGCUCCCGCAAGAAACGGGGUAGGGGGGUCGGACGUACGCAACCUUACCCCUGCAAUUGCAGAGAGGUUGUUUCCAAUUGACCCAAAAGCGAUAACGGGACAACAAUGGGACAACCAUCUUCUACCUACCUAAUGGAAAGGAAACGAAGAGGUAUUAAGAGCCAUUUUGAUUUAAUCCAUUACAUCCCACAGCCAAAAGAACAAAUGAAUCUUUGGCUCUAUCGGAAAUGAACAAACUAAUCAUGCAUAGUACCUACCAAAA